UCGUAUGCAAAGCAUGCCCCCGUCGUCACCAGCCGGCCCCCUCUGUACCAGGAGCGGUCUAGUUAUCCGCUAACCGUCUAUGAUAGCGCAUAAUAGAACCUGUCCGACCCACACAACCAAGUGGAAGAGGCCGAAGAGCUCUGAAGUGAAAGUGUCGGCCUCUACUCCGUCGAGGUCCGUCCGAGAUGCACAGCUGAGUGCGGCGCCACUCUUCAAAUCGCCACCACCUCCAAACCACACGACGUACGCGCGCCCGAAACGCAAGGGGUGUUUUUUAGCGUCGGCAGCGUCGCGACGUCCACGAAAAGUGCCGCUGGAGCCGACGGUUCGCGCGCUAUUUGUGAACGAAAGUGCAUGUGCAAAGGUGAUGCAAGGAUUGGGACAUUAUUCACGUGCUGCUGGGGAUUGUCGCUGAUGCCGGGACGACGAUAGGGAGGAAAAUUGCACUUUUCGCAUGUUUGCCGGCUUGGAUGUAUCCGAAACAAUCGGACGAUGGAUUCGAGGAUCGGCCUGGACUUCAUCGUGGAGAAUCCCGAGUACAUCAGGAAACUGGCGGCGGCCCUCGACACCAGCAACGUCACCGUCAAGAAGCAAGUCUUUGAGCUUCUGUCCGCGUUGUGUGUGCACAACGAAGAGGGUCACGCGCGCGCCCUUGACACUUUGGAGCACUACAAGAAAUUGAAAGGUGAGAGAUAUAGACUGAAUGUGAUCGUCCAGGAGCUGAGCAGGGCCACGGCUGUGGACUACCAGACGGCCCUUGUGGCCUUUAUCAACUGUCUGAUCAUCUCCACGCCCAGGCUCACCGACAGGAUCAGGAGACGCAACGAAUUCAUUGGAUGUCAUCUGCUUCCGGUGCUCAACAACUUAAGAAAAUGCGCCGAGGCGGAGCCCGAGCUCGCCGUCCAGCUGGACGUGUUCGACGAGCAGCGCGACAGCGACGACUCCCAGAGCCUGCAGGGCCCCCACGGCGUGGACCUCAACUCGCCCUUGGACGUCUUCUACGCCAUCCUUAAACAAGUUGCGGAAACGCCGCAGGAAAUCCCCUUCCUGAGCAUCCUACAGCACCUGCUGCGCAUCGACGCCAAAGACGCCGUCAGCGACAUCAUCUGGGACACGGCCGAGCGUCUCGUGCACCGCGCCACCCUCCUGGAGAACCGCGAAGACGCCGCCCGCCUGCUGCGCGCCCCCAGCGCCCAAUCAAAGUUCUUCUGCCACUGUCACCUCCGCUCCGAGUCUAGUCCCACCCGCCGCCCCUCCCUCAACACGCCCCAGAGCCCCACGCCCGCGCUGCCGCCGCCGCCGCCCCCGCCCCCCAACGUCCCCGCCGUCCCGCCCCCCGUCCCCGCGCCGCCCCUCAAGCCCGCCGCGCCGCUCCCGCCCCCCGAAUGCGAUUCUGUGAUAGAGAAGUUACCCCAGCAGGAGAUCCCGGUGCCGAAGAUUAAAAUGAAGACUUUCAAUUGGAAUAAAAUACCGAAUAAUAAGGUGAUUGGGAAGAAUAAUAUUUGGACGCAAGUGGCGUACACUCACCAGCAUUCGCCGAUGGCUGAUUUGGAUUGGCUGGAGAUGGAGGGGCUGUUCUGCCAACAAGCGCCCCCAGCCAAUGCGGCGGCGAGUUUCAGGCGCGAAAAUACGAAUUCAGAGACUUUGGAUAGGAGGAUACGCAAGGAAAAUUGCGAGAUUACGCUUCUGGACGGGAAGAGGAGUCUCAAUGUUAAUAUUUUUUUAAAACAGUUUCGGAGCUCUAAUGAGGACAUCAUCCACUUGAUCCGGGAAGGGGAACAUGAUGAUAUCGGGGCCGAAAAACUCAAAGGACUCCUUAAAAUACUACCGGAAGUUGAUGAACUAGACAUGCUCAAGUCGUUUGAUGGCGAUUUCACUAAAUUAGGAAACGCCGAAAAAUUUUUAAUACAACUGACCAACUUAUCCAAUUAUAAACUACGAAUAGAAAGCAUGCUUCUGAAAGAAGAGUUUGCCUCAAAUAUGAGCUACUUGGAGCCUAGCAUUAAAUCAAUGAUUAUGGCAGCUCAAGACUUGAUGACGAACAAACCGCUUCAAGAAGUCUUGUACAUGAUUCUGGUCGCUGGCAAUUUCCUAAAUGCGGGUGGCUAUGCCGGGAACGCGGCCGGUGUUAAAUUGAGUUCGUUGCAAAAAAUCACAGACAUUAGAGCGAAUAAACCAAAUAUGAAUUUAAUACAUUUUGUGGCGUUGCAAGCUGAGAAGAAAAACCCCAAACUGCUGACCUUCACCGACAACAUAAGCGUGCUGGAGGACGCAGCCAAGACGACAGUGGAGCAGCUCCAGAACGAGAUCAACGUGCUCGACGUCCGGAUAAAAAAAAUCAAGAAACAAAUCGAACUGGCAACCACCGAGCCCGAAAUCAAAGAGCAAAUGACCGAAUUUUUGCAAAUGGCCGAACGUGAAGUCUCCAACUUGCAACAGAACAUGGAAGAGUUGGAGAAGGUGCGUGUGCAACUGGCUGAAUUUUUCUGCGAGGACACGAAUUCGUUCAAACUUGAGGAGUGUUUCCGGAUUUUCCACGGGUUUUACUGCAAGUUCAAGCAAGCAGUUGGCGAUAACGAGCGCAGGAGGAUCCAGGAGGAGCAGGCGAAUGCGCGGCGCCGGCAACGCGAGGAGUUGCUCGCUUCCAAGAGGCGGCAAAUGGAGAACUUGGGGGGAACCCCCGAUUCGGACGUGCCGUUCAUCGACUUGCAAAUCUACGACAGCAGGCAUGGUUUUCCGAUGAAAAAGGGAUGGAAAACCACCAACGGGACAUCCGAAGACGAGCUUUCCUCAGUCACCGGCUCCCCCUCUCUCUCCCGGCGCCGGCUGGGCUCAUUUAACGGCGACCCGGAGAAAUCCCCCGACAUCACCCCUAAUGGGAGCCUGCGGCGGCGGCGCAGCCGAGUCUUGUCGGAGGAGGACGAAGGCAACUUGAUGGACUUCCUCCGGGCUUCGGACAACAACCGCGAGCGCCGCUCCUGGGGGAGUCUGGACCGGUCAUGGGCCCGCAAAGCUAGAGGUGGGAGCCAGAGAAAACGCCCGGCUUUAUUAGGUGCUGACUUCACCUCGGACCGCGAACGCCCCUCCUCGCCCUCACCUCUAAGCGAGUCCAAACCGAUCGUUUCAACCCCCGAAGAAGAAACCAACAAACCGAAAGAACUGAGACAAAAAAUCGAAUCCUGGCUGCAGGCCAGCGAAAGCGACCAGACCGAGGACACCCGACGGCAGACUCGCCGCAUCACGAACCGGCGCUCCUUCGAAAUGGACUCGGAGAGUGAACGCAGCAGCACUCUGGACACGCUGCCCGAAGGCAAGCAAGUCUACAGCGGCAGCCAAUCCACCUACCGCAAGGCCUACCCGGCCUGGGAGCCCUCGAAGACAAUCGACAACACGGACGUGGUCAGCGCCAUGGAAGCCGUCGAGGAAGUGCAGCCCCAAAUCAAGGACAAGUCGGCGUGGCGCAAAUCCACCCUGAACGUGGCCAACAGCACGGAAGAAACCAAAGACGACUCAAUGCGUCUUAACCGCCUACCAGUGGUGGAGAACGACCGCAAAACCCUGAUUAGCUCUCUCGGGGAGCGCUCCCCCACCGAUAAACUCACUCUCUACAUUAUCAAGCCACGCCCCCGGGACUCGCCCCCCAGCCUGGACGACCCACCCAUCAGCAACAAGGUCGAAAUCGACCAAGACAACAUAGAAACGCCCCCAGCCACGCGCAAAAUCUUCAUCCCCACGCCCACCGAGAAGCGCGAGCCGACGCAGCCCAGCCCCUGUCGCCGCCUCAUGGGCCGCCCACGCGACACGGACGAGCCCGAACCCAACCCGACGCUCGGCGACGGCCAAUUCGACCGGUUUUCCGCCGCAAGGCGCACACGACGCUACAAACGCACCGACACCGACCCCGACGAACCCAAAGACGAGCCCGAGACCCGCCUCAAGGCGUGGCAAGACAAGCUACAGAACCCCGGUAGGCGCCACCGCCACCAAACCGGAAUCAACCAAGACGAAGUCAAGCUAGCCUUGACUAAAACUGACAAGAAAAACGAAGACGAAGGCUUCGAGGAGAGCCAGAGUUUAAUGUCGGAGUCGCCGAGUCAGGGGGCGUCCUCUGGCGGCAACUACGAGCCGGAGGACUCCGCCCUAGUCGUCUACGCCAAACCGCUGAAAAGCGAGCCGCCGGUGGAGAAGCCGGCCAAGGGGCGGGGCCUGGAGCGGGGCGGAGUCAGGCGCACGGUGCAGGACACGCCCAAAAAGAGUGUGAUUCCCCGCAGGUCGGGGAGUCUGCGCAAGACCAACACCUCGACGAAUGUGCAAAGGUCGAGUUCGAGGAAUAGUAUUGUCAGUUCGAAAAGUUCGCUCAAUAGUUCGGCGUCCGCUUGCACGGUUAAGAAAAUGCCGGUUAAGGCGGGUGUUGGCAAAGCCCCGCCCCCGAAACCGGUCAAGAGAACGCCCUCGACUGGGGGCACGGCCGGGACGAGACCCCCACGACCCCUGGCCAUGUCUUUCAUGAAACCUACGACUUCUAGCGCCACUAAAGUGCACACAGUGCCCAAGAACGGGGCCUUUAGAACAAAGUAAUCACUCAUUUUUUCACUAGUCAAGGAUUAUUAUUACGAACUAAAUCUUUUAUUCCUACAAACUUUGACAGUCUCAUUUCUUCAUACAGUAUUACGACAAUCACAAAAUAAAAGACUAACCUAACUCACCUUUUAGGUACCGACCACUUCAGAGCUUGGUAGCGAUAAUUUAUUAUAUAUUUUUUUAUGAUUAUGAUACUUAAUGAACUAAUCACUAAUAAUGACAUAUUUAUUUGUUACCAAAUAUUUACUUGUAGGUAAUACAUCUUCUAUUAAAAA